AUGACAUAUUGUCAACCUCUGUCUGUCUCUUUUACUUAUACGUCGUUCGUUGGUGAUGAGCGUAAUGAGACCUUUAGGCUUAUUUUGUUGAAACCAUUGGAGACGUAUACACUUACCUGAAUGGUUGUAACCAUAAUUUAGUUGACAGAAAGUUUUGAUGGAAACAUCGAAUCCACGAUGGAAAUCCAAAGCGUUAAAGAAAUAUCGAGAAUCAUUGGAAUCACUAAGCAAAAAGUGAUCAACCAAGCAAUGGAAUAUUUGCGGCUUUUGAAAACAAAAACCAAUUUUCGAACAAAAAAUGAGCUUUCAAAAAUUGUGAUAUGUCUGGACAUAUCUGCAACGAAAUCGGAUGAAAGAGUCAAUCUCGACAAGGGACGCCAGCUGAUUAAGUAUGGGGAAAUCAAAUAUCGCAACGAGAAAAAUACAAUUCUCCACAUCCUGGACCUAAUGCAACCACCAAACAUUAAAGGCAUUUGCAUUGCCUUGGAAUUGUCGCGAAUCAAGGAUGUUGAAAAGAAUGCACGGCUAUUUAUGGACAAAUUGAAGAAAAGUAAAUUGAACCUGUUGGGCGAAUUCGGUCAUCCCCAGAACGUUUGUAUGGCUGUCUAUCACUCCUGCAAAUUGCUGGCGAUCAAGGUCAACGAACGAAAAUUGAUCACUCUAAGCCGACUGCAACGGAAGCAAUGGACACAGUUGAAAAUGAUUUGGCAGCCAUGGCUAAAUGAUCACCCGUGGUCAUCAGGUUCAACAACAGAUUCCAAAGUUACUGCGAAAAAUAAAUCCAAGAACGUUACACUGGCACGAACCGAUGACCAGCAAAAACGUCCCACUCGUGUUAUCGAGAAUGAUGCUACCGAAAGCUAUGACGUGUGGAAGAAAAGAAUACUUGCCAAAGCGUAUGCAGAUUUGGCGCUUUCGAAGAAGAAGCCCAGACGUCGCAUCAAAAAUGCCAAAAAGUAGUCGUUUUCGUUGUAAUGUAAAUUGAGCGAGCAAAUCAGCUGUUAAUAAAAGCAACCGUUUGAUGAUACUCUGA